UCACUCCCUUUUAUCUUCUUCUCUAAUACCUCUAUGGCUCUCUCUUCCUACGCAUCAUUUUGUUCGUUCAUAUUCAUACCCUCAGUUUCCCAUCACAAAACAACAAAUUCUGAAAACUCUAAGCUUAUUAGGAAUAGUUAUUAUGAUGAUCCCACACCACAACGAUGGAGCAAUAUUAAUACCCACAAUCAUAACACUUUGUUAAGUUCUACUCAUCCCCUACAAAAUUUUAAACCAUUACCUAAAUACCCUUGCACCAAUAUUGAUCAUGAUCUGGAAAUAUAUAGAGAGCUUAUAAGAAAAGCAGGAGAAGACCGCCCAUUUGAAGGUCUGAAGAUUGUUGAUGCUAUCCAACGGCUAGGAAUUGACUAUAUCUUCGAGGAAGAGAUUGAUGUAAUUCUACAAAAACAGUAUAAGUUUUUGAACGAUCAUCAUCAUCAAGAUCUGCAUGAGGUUGCUCUUCGCUUUCGACUCUUGAGACAACAUGGUCACUUCAUUCCUGCUGAUGUUUUUAACAAGUUCAAAGACAGUAAAGGAAUGUUCGACAAAAUGCUAAGCGAGGACAUCAAUGGCUUAAUAAGCUUAUAUGAAGCGUCGCAUCUAAGCAUAGACGGAGAACAUAUCCUUGACGAAGCUGCCUUAUUUACAACUCAACACCUAAUAAAUACAUCCAUGAUGAGACGUAGUCUUAAUCAUUAUCAGACCACAUUUGUGGCAAACACACUUAAAAAUCCCACUCACAAAACUUUAUCCAAGUUCACUGCCAAGAACCUUUUUGGUGUUCAUCCUAGUAUGAACGAAUACAUAAAUUUGUUCAAAGAACUUGCAAAAAGUGAGUUUAAUAAAGUCCAGUUCCUACACAGAGGGGAAAUUGAUCAAGUCACCAAGUGGUCGAGGAAGAUAGGUUUGGGUAAGGAAUUAGAGUUCGCCAGAAUCCAGCCGCUGAAGUGGUACAUUUGGUCCUUGGGCUGCCUAACAGACCCAAUCUUGUCGCAGCAAAGGGUUGAGCUUACAAAAGCCGUUUCCUUUAUCUAUAUAAUUGAUGAUAUUUUCGACGUUUAUGGCUCACUUGAUGAACUCAUUCUCUUCACUCAGGCCGUCUCUAGCUGGGAAAAUAGUGAUAUAGAAAAGCUUCCCGAGUACAUGAAGAUUUGCUUUGAAGCACUUGAUAACAUGAUCAAUGAAUCUUGCCACGUGGUCUAUCAAAAGCAUGGGUGGAGCCCGUUGCACUCUCUCCGAAAGACAUGGGGAAGGUUGUGCCAUUCGUUUUUGGUAGAAGCAAAGUGGUUUGCAUCAGGGCACGUGGCAAACACAGAAGAGUAUUUGAAAAAUGGUGUGGUUAGCUCAGGAAUACCAGCACUGCUGCUUCAUAUCUUUCUCCUCCUUGGUCAAGGUCUAACCUCGAAGAACGCACUCGAUUUUGUGGAAAACAUGCCUCCCAUCGUUACUUCUACAGCUUCAGUUGUCAGACUUUGGAAUGACUUGGGAAAUGCCCAGGACAAGAAUCCAAAGGGCGAUGAUGGAUCGUAUGUGGAAUGUUACAUGAAAGAAAGAGAGGGAUCUUCAAUAGAAGAUGCAUGUGAGAACAUCAUCGAAAAGACUUCAUAUGCAUGGAAGUGUCUCAACAAAGAAUGCAUAAUGAAUCCAAAUCCAGUGAUUCCACCGACAUUCCAAAAGGCUUGUCUCAAUUUCGCAAGAGUGGUUCCUUUGAGGUAUACUUAUAACGAUGACAACCAACAGAAUCUUGAGGAGCUUGUGAAAUCUAUCUUGUAUGAAAGUUUGUAGCGUAACUCAACACUAUACGUACAUAAGUUUAAUUUCACUUUUUUUGUCUGUUUAUGUGUUAUUAAGAUUUUCAUUCAGUUGAGAUCGACCAAUUUGGUAGCUUAAUUGGUUUUUGUCUCUUCUCAUACUAUGCAAGAAAGUCCUCUUAUAUAAGAUACGUUUAAUUAAUUACUCAUCACUACACUACACCUUUAGCUUAA